AUGCCUGCGAACGGGCAGAUGAGGAACUCCGGAAAUGGCAGCAACAACAAUCAACCGCCGUCAUCGGGGUCGGCCUUCAGCAACGUCAACUUCUUCCAAGGCUCGCAGGCGGCUGGUUCUUUAAAUGAUGGAGCGAAGGGUCAUGGCGGUGGUGGACUCGGACGCGGGAAUCAGCAGAAAUUUAAUAAUCGGUCAGGAGGUGCUGGCGGAGCUGGAGAUGAUGAUUGGGAUGCGAAGAAUCAGGAGCUCAUGCGCAAGUACGAAGCGACAUGGACUGGUGAUCUGCAGUCACUCUACGAAAAGCUCCAAGGCCUGCGCGACAAAGAACGAAUCGAGAUGGAAAACCGCGGUCUAGUCGAUCGUCCGGAUACACAAAAGUCACUUACCGACGCAAUCAAUUUUGUCGGUACCUGUAUGGAGAUGUGCCCCGUCUUUGAACGAGUGCGUCGCUCGGCGGGUAACCUCGUGAAAUCAUAUGAACGCGGAGCCGAUGGGAAUAUCGACAAGAAUUUGGCCGUCAAGGAGUUUUCUCGACCAGCUGCCGGACAGCCGCCGCCAUUACCGUCUGAUGUACGGCCUCCGGGAAUACUGCAGAACACGCUUACGUAUCUGAUUGAUAAUAUCGUUCCCCAACUUCCAGAGGCGCACGCGUUUCUGUGGGAUCGCACGCGCUCAAUUCGCCAGGAUUUUACGUACCAGAACUACUCUGGAUACGAGGCAAUAGACUGCAACGAAAGAAUUGCGCGUAUACAUAUCUAUGCGCUUCAUACACUGGCAGGUGACCGAAUCGAAGGCGCGCGACAGCAAGAACUGGAGCAGUUUAAUAAAGCUCUGCAAACACUAUCCGAGUUCUACGCCGACGUGAGGAAAAGCGGAGCACAGGCGCCGAACGAAGCGGAGUUUCAGGCAUAUCGAUUGCUAAGCCUUCUGCGGGAUCCGGAUCUCGAUCGGCAAGUGCAAGAUCUUCCCAAGGCGGUGUUUCUUGAUCGCAGGGUACAGCUUGCGCUGGAGCUGCGGUCGAUGGCGCAGCAGAACAACAUCUCAGAACGAGGCUACACGAACACCGAAAACGCACAAAAUCUGUUUGUCCGGUUCUUCAAACUUAUCAAGAGUCCGGCGGUGCCGUUUCUGUUUGCGUGCUUGGCCGAGGUUCACUUUAAUGAUAUUCGAAUGUGGGCACUUAGGGCAAUGGCAGGAGGAUAUCAUCGACGAGGAAAGCCAUACGUCUCCGCGAAUCUGGUGGAGAUGCUUGGGUGUAAUGAUACUGAUGAGCUGCAUGAGCUGUGCGAUCAUUUUCAAAUUGCGCGGAGGGUGGAGGACGGUGUUGAGUGCGUUGAUGUGAUGAGUUGGAAUGAUGCUUUUGCUCUCGGAAAGCCGCCGUUUCAUCAAGCUUACUCCACAAAACUAGUGCACUCAAAACUGGGUGAUCAAUCGGCCUCACAAUUGAUACACGGCAAUAAUCUAGAAGUGUAUCCACAAAACUCUACAGAGCACCACACGGUGCUGUCGCUCUUCUCAAAUGGCUCAGCUCCUCUUCAACCAACGCCCGCGCCAAGGAAGCCACGAUCAAUAAGCUCGCCGUCUACACAGACUGCUCCGAAUUUUUUGGGGAAUCAGCCAUCUGCUUUUCCUGCACAAACCAACUCGGCUUUCGGAUUUGGCAAUAGCCAGCCUUUUGGAAGCAGUAGCAGCGGGUCGCCUUUUGGAAGCGCUUCGAAGACGGAAGUGCCCGCUUUCGGAGGUACGACUUCGGCAUUCUCCUUCGGACAGCAACCCACACCACCACAACAACAGCCGAAGCCACAGCAGCAGUUUCAGCAAACAGCACCAUCUCCGUUUUCUUCCGUCAGUACACAGUCACCGACUCCCGCUUCGGUAUUCCCGGCACAGAAUGAAGCUAAGCAGUCACCACAGCAGUCACCGUUUGGCCAGGUUCCGAUCGCUUUUGGUGCAGCAACCGGACCGGUACAGACAGCUGGUAAAGCAUCAGCGUUUGGACCUUCGAAGAGCUCUCCUUUUGCGGCAGCACCCGUUCAGUCAGUAUCUUCCUCGUCUCCCUCGGCUGACGUUCCGCCCAAAACUACAUCAUCGAAAAGAAAGGGUCCAUCCGAGGAUUCAGACGAGUCCCGAUCGAACAAGAAGAAUGAUGCAGCAGUUGCAGCAGAAGCAGCAGCAGCUAAAGCUAGAGAUGAGGCCGCAGCGGCGGCCAAGGCUGCACUAGUCGCGGAAAAGCGACUGGCCGAGGAGCGUAAUAAGAUGAUGCUCCGCAGGGCAUAUGCUGCGGCUGGCGAGCUUGAACGUGAUGAGAUGCUCAAGUCUGUUGUUUCUGGCGUGGUUCGCGAAGUUGCGAAGGACGUGAUUGGAAAGGCUGCCGAAGAGCGGGAACGCAAGCGAGAGAAUCUGAUCUCUGUUUUGGCGGAGGAGAUGUUUUCGUCGCUGGUGUAUGAUAAUUCGUGGCAGGCGUGUCAGGAGUCGAUGGCUUCUGAGCUACGACGGAGGAAUUUACUCAAGGAGGCGCUGAAGAAGAUUAAAGCGACAGCCGUGCUUGCAAAGACGAAUGCCGAUCUGAGGAAUAAGCGACGGCAGCAGUAUCUCGAGGCCUCUCAGAUGCUGGGCCGGCCGCCGUCGAAGAAGCACAAGUCGACGAAGCGGAAACGCGGAAUGUCUCUGACGCCGACCGGUACACCGCCUGCAGAGGAACGAUAUAUGUCGGAGGCCGAACAGAUAAAUCUGCUUGAAGAAGAGCGCGCACAAGUGGAAACCCUUUGGCGCCCGCUUGAUCUCGAGAAGGUGUUUUUGCCAUAUGCUGAGCAGAGCUGUGAAAGGGUGGGUCUUCUUGACGGUGUGGUGGACGUCAGCCUGCUGAUUUCGGACUGGCGAUCACCCGCAGGAGUCUGGACGCGGCGGAAACUCGGCCUGGAAUGGGACGGACAACGGUACGCGAGACAUUUGCGAGGCAAAGCAGCGAAUGUGACGCUUUCUUCGAUGGAUGUCAAUCCGGACUCUUAUAGCGAUGUUGCGGGGUUGAUUUUCAUGUGCGGAGCGUCGGGAGGAGAGGGCGAUAGGUCACCGUCUGAGAAGCUGGCGCAAGAUCGCGAGACUUUGCAGGAGGCUUUGAGACGGCUGCGGCAGUUUUCGUCGUAUUCUACCUCGUUGCUUGUGUGUUACUGGCCAUUAGAAGGAAUUUCAUCGGCAGAGAUGCAACAACAGCUGGGACUAUCAAACUAUCUCGCACAAGGCAAACAGAUUCUGUCGUCGCUUUACGUGCUUGUCAUGGAUUCCGGUCGGGAUUCUGAUUUAUCGAGUGCGCUGGAAAUGGUCGGGAAGUCAAUUUGUCGAUAG